GAGCGAAAUCCGAAUGUCGUGGAAAAAAAGGAGACCCCCGCCAUAGAUAAAGAGCUGCUCCAAAGGCGCUCUCUCUGCGAUUACUCUCUCUCUCUCUCUCUCUCUCUCUCUCUCUCUCUCUCUGUCUGUGUCCGUCGCUUUCAACAAACCGUGAAAGCGCAAAGAAGCAAAAAUCCCUAACCCUAACCCUAAAACAUUCUCUCUCGGUAUUUGUAUUGAUUAUAGAACCAUGGCUUCUUCUGCGUCUAUGGUUGCCCCUUCUUCUGUUUCGCCAUCGUCGUCUUCGUCAUUCUCGCCGUCUUCUUCUUCUUCUUCACCAUCAUCUGGUUUCUAUAAAACUUUAUUCUCAAACGAUUCCAGACCUCGUGUUUCCGUUCCUAUUGGCGUUAAAUGUGAUAUGGCUGAACCGAGCAAUGGGAAGCCGAUUGUUCCCAUUCUUAACCAACGGACAUUGCCCAAGUUCUUGGAAUCGGCACGCGUGGAGAAAACAGUGAACAGAAACAGUACCAGGCUCAAAUUGUUUUCUGGCACUGCAAAUCCUGCACUUUCUAAGGAAAUUGCUUGGUACAUGGGCUUGGAACUUGGAAAGAUCAACAUCAAGCGAUUUGCAGAUGGUGAAAUUUAUGUUCAGUUGCAAGAGAGUGUUCGAGGAUGUGAUGUCUUUCUAUUGCAGCCGACCUGCCCUCCUGUGAAUGAAAAUCUUAUGGAGCUAGAAAUAAUGAUUGAUGCUUGUCGGAGAGCAUCAGCAAAAAACAUUACUGCUGUGGUUCCAUAUUUUGGAUAUGCUCGAGCUGAUAGAAAGACACAGGGCCGCGAAUCCAUUGCAGCCAAACUGGUUGCAAAUAUUAUCACAGAAGCAGGUGCAAACCGUGUUCUUGCUUGUGAUAUUCAUUCUGGGCAGGCGAUAGGAUAUUUUGAUAUUCCAGUGGAUCAUGUGUACUGUGAGCAUGUAAUCCUUGAUUAUCUCGCCAGCAAGAGAAUUUGUUCUAAUGAUUUGGUAGUGGUUUCCCCUGAUGUUGGUGGUGUUGCUAGAGCACGUGCUUUCGCAAAAAAAUUAUCCGAUGCACCUUUAGCCAUUGUCGACAAAAGGCGUUAUGGACACAAUGUUGCUGAGGUGAUGAACCUGAUCGGUGAUGUGAAAGACAAAGUUGCAGUUAUGGUAGAUGACAUGAUUGAUACUGCUGGGACAAUUGCAAAAGGUGCAGCUCUUUUACACCAAGAAGGAGCUCGGGAAGUCUAUGCAUGCUGCACUCAUGCUGUCUUUAGCCCGCCUGCAAUCGAAAGGCUGUCAAAUGGCCUGUUCCAAGAGGUGAUUGUAACAAACACAAUUCCUGUUGCAGAGAAGAAUUACUUCCCUCAAUUGACUGUGCUUUCAGUGGCUAACUUAUUGGGUGAAACUAUUUGGCGUGUUCAUGACGAUUGUUCUGUGAGUAGCAUUUUUCAGUGAAAGCAGAAAUAUUUAAUCUCCCCUUUCAAUGUUAUUCAGUUAUAAUUUUGUACCUUUUUCUUGUUGUAAGAUGGCAAAAAUUAGGUUUCACAAAUUUAUUUUAGUUAUCUUCUUUAUUUCAAAUCAAUAAUAUCUUUACCUCUGGAUAAAAAGAAAUGGUGGGCUACGUUGUCCUCAACUUUGGUCCAUUAUUGAAGAAAAUUCACCUCCCCCCCUCCACACCUAUCUUUUAAUAAAAAUGUAGGGGUUACUACAUUUUACUUAUUA